ACCUGUCGCCGGGGCCACCGUGAUUCUCAUAGCCCUGAAGAAAAUGAGUGUCAAGAGGAAAGAUCUUAUCACCUUACAGGACCCUGAAGCCAAGUACCCGCUGCCCUUGAUUGAGAAGGAGCAAAUCAGUCACAACACCAGAAGGUUCCGCUUUGGGCUGCCCUCACCAGACCAUGUCUUGGGGCUUCCUGUAGGUAAUUAUGUCCAUCUCUUGGCACAAAUUAACAAUGAAUUGGUGAUCAGGGCUUACACGCCUGUCUCCAGUGACGAUGAUCAAGGCUUUGUGGACUUAAUAAUAAAGAUUUACUUCAAAAAUGUGCACCCCAAGUAUCCUGAAGGAGGAAAGAUGACUCAGUACUUGGAGAACAUGAAAAUUGGGGAUACCAUCCUUUUUCGGGGGCCAACAGGGCGCCUGUUCUACAAUGAGCCAGGGACCCUUUCAAUCAAAGCAAACAAAACAAGUGAGCCUGAAAAGAAGCUGGUUCAUCACCUGGGGAUGAUUGCUGGAGGCACAGGCAUUACGCCCAUGCUACAGCUGAUUCGCCGCAUCACCAAGGACACCAGCGAUGAGACCAGGGCGUCCCUCCUCUUUGCUAACCAGACAGAAGAGGAUAUCUUGCUGAGAAAGGAGCUAGAAGAAGUCGCCACGACUCAUCACAACCAGUUCAACCUGUGGUAUACCCUGGACAGGCCUCCCAGUGACUGGAAGUACAGCUCAGGCUUUGUUACCGCUGACAUGAUCAAGGAGCACCUUCCUCCUCCUGGGGAGGCCACACUCAUCCUGGUAUGUGGCCCACCACCUCUGAUCCAGGAGGCAGCUCACCCCAGCCUGGAGCAGCUCGGCUAUACCAAGGACAUGAUUUUUACCUACUAACACCUCCCACACUACUUAGCGGGUCCCUCUCUGUUUUAGAGUGAGUUUGGCUUCACCCUGUUCAAGUCAUGUAUUUGCAAGGUGUCUCUCCAUGCACUCUUGGGCAUGAUGUUCUUUUGGUUGUGGGCCUAAGAAGUGUUCACGGGCUGAAGACAAAAGUGAUUUUUGAGUUUCCAGGUUUGGAGGCUGGGAAGGAAGCCACUUUCUCCAUGGCUUAGCGGAAUAAACUGGACUGCUCUGCAUUUAGCUCACAAUGUGUGGAUAUGUAGAAAAUACACUGGGCAACCCAGGACUUGCUGAUGUGGGGCGGGGGUGAAAAAGAGUAGGGGUGUUACCAGAACUGGCAAUAUAGCAAUGGUUACGGCAUAGCGUUACAGCAGGACCCGAACACGUCUCUAUCAGCCUAACCACUUACGAACCUUCUUUACUUUUCUCUGUUUUGAAGACCAAACUCACAAGAGAGCAGAGACCUCGUGUGUUCUUCCUUGCCCUGUGAGACACUUUUUUAAAAAAGCUGUAUGUCAGGGCAGUAAGUGCACAGUAGGUGGGCUCCAGGAACCCCUUUCUGACUCCCUGCAUUUUGUACAGCAGAUGGAGACAUUGAGGAUAUUUGCAUCUUAGCAUCCUCCACCUUGGCACUGUGCCAAAGUUGGCAUGGUUUCUUCAUUUACCAUUUCCCAGAAGCUAUGCUUUCAAAUCCCAUCAUUCAAACCAGAUGAUACAGGGACCGCUAGUGCCACCUGCAGGUCAAAGUGAGAAUAACAUACUGCUGCUCUGCUACUGCAGGGGGUAAAGCUCACCCCAACUCCAUUCCUUAUAAUCUUCCUAAUGGGCCAGAGGUUCCUCAGAGCUUUUGUUCUCUAAGUCACACAGGAGGAAACAGACAGUAUUAGUCAUGCAUUUCCCCAGUCAUUCGGACAGUGGGUGGCAGGGUUGUCUUUAAACCUGGAUCUGUUUAAUUCUAUGUCUUUUCGGAAGAACUGGCAAUGUAGUUGCAGUGUUAGCACUUGCGGCUGGAUUUGCUACUCAGUGUGCACGUGUGUGUGCAUGCAGGAGGUUGAGGGGGUGCAAGAAAAAGAAGAGAGGAAUGGGGUUCCUUGGAGCUCUGCUAUACCCUUGAAUCUCACCCACAGGGGGCCAACACCAUCUCAAAUAGGCCCGGGAGGGACACUCCCACGUUCAUUCACCCACUGGUGCUCAGUGUAUUCUUUUAUAAUGCCCUCCUCAGGGAAAGACACAAUGGCUCACUCUCUGCAGCAUUGCCCAGCUUGGCCUUGAACUCACUCUGUAGCUCAAGUCAUCUGUGAACCCCACAAUCCUUCUGCCUCAGCUUUCUAACUAAUAAUAACUAGGAUAACAAGCAUGUGCCACCAGGGUCAGCUGCAAAGCCUUUCACCACUGGACUCAUUCUACCUCAUUGGAUUUUUCAUUCCCUGACCUUCUGGUGAUUUCACUGGUCACUGGACAAAGCCUGGAAAUGUUUUUGGCUUUCCUAGCUAGAAGAGGUGCCAAUGACAUCUGCAGGGAAGACCAAGGAUAGUGGUGACUGGUAACUUGAUUAAAAGCAAUAUACUUGGAACUCACUUAGGCCACACAAACUACAGCAGCUCUGCUAGUUUAUGUGUUGGGUACAUGUGCAUAUAACCUUAAAGUGCACUGUGAACAUCUCAGAGGCACACGAUGCUGAAGGGCAGAAUUGAUUUGGAACCAAAAGAAAGAAUAAAGGAAGUGAAGCAAAGACAAAUUGGUGGGCUCACAAAGGCUGGCAUGAUGAUGGAAA